CUGUCUUAAAAGGCAUCAGUUUUAAAACUAGAUUGAGCAUAAUCGGCGCCGAUCAUGGGUUCCAUAAAUCUGGAAGCCACCAAAGACUUGUUGUUGCUGUACGAGACGCUCAUGGACGUAGAAGAGCAGCGCAACUUGCUAUGCGAGGACCAGAUGCUGCUAAAUUUUCUAGUCUACGUUCUGCAGGAGACAACCGAUGAUAUUGUGAUGCUGUCCCUCAAGGUUCUGGCUGCACUAUGCGCUGACGACGACAGGUGCACGACAGUCUCGCAGACCUUCGGCCUCUCGCCUUCACUGGAACAGCUGACUUCCGGGGGGCACAACUAUGGCAUCAAGGAAGCUGCGCUGAGGCUCAAGAUGCGCCUGCUCGAAGCCCGAGUGGCGCUGCUGUCCAGGCAGCAAGAAGAAGCCGCCUGGGCCGACGUGCGACUGUCGUUCAGGGACUACUGCAGUGCCGGCAAGGACAGCAGUUGCACUGCAGCGGUGCCGUCUCCAGCCAAGUGUCCGCCGUUUCUCGGGCAACACAAUGGGGCAGCAAAGGUUGUUUCGCUACACAUUGAGGGCCUCUUUUCUGAGAGCGACACAGAACUGUGCAAGGAAAAGCUGCUCGCUGUGCAAGGUGUCAUCAGCUUCACGUUCGACAUCGAGAGGCGGCGGUGCGUGGUGCGGGUCAGGUCGGAUAUCCCGCCACGGGCAUUGGUACAAGCCAUCAAGUCAACAGGAACCAUGUCGGCGAUGCAGGUUGCCAACAGUACUAUGCCAAAAACUCCAAGCAAUAACAAAAGCAAGCCUUCAGCAGAAUAUACUGGCCUCGACGGUGAUGAGGCCAGCAGGAUAACAGAAGAGGAAAAGGAUGAGCACGAUAGAGAAAAUCUCCCGGCCUACCUUCCCGAGGUGGACAGCCCGAUUCGAGAGGACGCUGUCGUGCGGCAAAAGAAGCCGAAGAGCUCUUCUGCGACAAGCUGGCUUAGCUCGGCUGCCACGUUCAUCACGAAGUCGCUCUACUGGUGAAGUGACUUGAGCUCAGUGACACCGCGACCUUCUUUGACAUGACAAACUGCGUGAGAACUUUUACGAGGACUCAAGCCACUUGUGCUCUGUGUCUCUUAUCUCAAGAAAUGGCACUCUGUAAAGGCGUAAAAAUUUGUAGCAAGAUAUUACCCAAUAUUCUACGGUGGCGUGAGUACCGUCUUGUUUGGUGGCUUGCCUUACGGCAUUGUAGAGUACAUCUGCACAACUGCCAUUACAAUCUCAAUCUCAUGGGAGGCUUAUGUGUGAUAGUAAAGCUACCUUACACAUGUAAGGCUGACUGAGCCACAGAGUAGCUGUACACACAAGUUCUCCAAUGUGUGCCACCAUACCUCGUGUGGCAAGUUGUCAUUACGUGUCUGUCCUCUGUGUACCACAAUUGUGAGCAUGCUUCGUAAUUUCAACCUGCCAGCCAUGCAGGUUCACAAUGAUUCUUCAAUGCCUCGAGUCGCACAUGUGUUGGCUACCAGCACAAAACGAGAAAUGUUAAUUGUAAAAUCUCGAGCUUUUAGGAUUGCAGUGUACAGCAGCAAAUUGCAGCCGUGCUAUAUUGCAGUUCCUUACAAGCUCCCCACAUUGCUGCAGAUAUUGCAAGUGUGUGUUUGACACUAAUUAUGUGCGAGUAAUUUAAAGAAUAGCACAAGCUUUAAAAAAUAAUUGUAGGCAUGUUUCAGAUGAUUGAAAUGAAAUGAGAAUGCUGGGAGUUUGUGUCUA